AUGCAGAACUCGGACCUCGAAAAUGCCAACCCCACAAUCCUCAGUGUUUCACAGCUCCCCAGUAGGGGGCGCAAAGGGCCCGCAACGAGGCAGGGGCCCGACUCCAAGUGCGACAGCAUCGUCUACCCCAAGCGGCCUUGGCCAUAUGGCUCGGGCUCGUCAUCAGACGAGGACGUGGAUGAGACUGACGGCGUAGAGGAGCCCAUGGAUGAGCAAGACAUUUACGAUCUCAUCUCGCCCAUAUCAGAUCCUGAGCAUCCCCAUACUCUAGGCCAGCUGUCGGUGGUGAGGCUCCCGGACAUCCACCUGAGCCCGUCGCCCGCCGAACUGCCCAGUCCGGAUUCCCUGGUCACCGUUCAGGUCGAUCUGACCCCUACCAUCAAUCACUGCUCGCUGGCCACAGUCAUUGGUCUUGCUGUGCGGUGCAGGCUGGAGCAGACGCUGCCGCCAAACUACCGUGUGGACGUGAGGAUGAAGGUCGGCUCCCACGACCAGGACGACCAGGUCAACAAGCAGCUGGGCGACAAGGAGCGAGUGGCUGCUGCCUUGGAAAACGACACGCUCCAGCGCAUGCUGGACAAGAUGCUCGAAACUUGCUCGUGA